CCCAGGUGGCAUGUGGUGACAAGUCCAUCAGGGCACGCCUGUUGUCAAAAAAACAAACAGACCCCCUACAUAGCGAGGGUCAAGGUCAAAGCUGGGACCGUCCCGCCCAAACAAGACCCUCAAAGCUCAGUCGGAGCCCCAGGAGGCUUCAGAGGGACCGGAUGAUGGUGGAAUAAGGACUUGCUGUGCUCAUCAUCCAGAAGGGCUCUCCAGCAGGGGGCGGCGUUAGACCGAGCACAACUCCCAGUCCUCGGUCAGUCUCCGCUGUCAGGAUCACGCCUCUGAAGACCAUGAAAGGCUCUCCUGACCUGAUUCCUGCCGCAGAUUUGGACCCCAGCAGAGUGUGCAAAGGGAAAGGAGUGGUGACUCUUAGGGCCACCCUGAUCCACAUCGAUGAAGAGGGCUGCAUCAGCCGAGAGCCAAACAUCAUCACAGCACCAAGUGACUGGACAGGCCAGAUUAAUGGAGACAGCUCUAAAGCAGGUUUGGCAGAGGGAGGCAGAAACAUCAUAGCUGAUUUACCACCUGUAAACAACACUCAGUGCCAGGCCAAUUCACCUGAGAGCAUCAAAGAAAACCAGACUCCGUCAUCCACUGAUAUCCAGAACUGUGUCACGUCUCCGUCCAGCUCUGUCUACCCCUGCACCAGCACAGUUAACCCCACCAUAGUCCUGCUGCAACACAACAGAGAGCAACAAAAGCAUCUUUCUCAUUUUGAAGACCCAACCCCAGAGAGGGACAAAAGCCCUGAUCCGGGGAGGGACUCGGUCAGUCCGGAUGAUAUGGACUGGAAGAGGCUGCGGCUGUCUCUGCACUCCCCCGACUUCAGCCCUGUCAACAAGCCCAUUGUGCCAGUUCGGAACACAGAAAAGUCCAAAGACUGGUACAAGACAAUGUUCAAACAGAUCCACAAAAUACCUGAGGCUAUUGAGGAAAACCCUUACCGCCCCACCUACAUUUUCCCCGAGAACUAUGACAUUCAGAUGAAUCCGAAAGAUGAUUGUCCCACUCCCUUUGGUUACUUGGAAGAUGUGAGAGCGGUCCCGCGCUCUAAGAGUGACGCCGAGGUGGAUUCAAGAGGCCGCUCGAUGCCCGUGCCAACGCGCUCCUCUUCCCUCAAACCCUCUGCCAAAAGGAACGAGUGGGAGCCCCCGGAUAAAAAGGUAGACACCAGGAAGUAUCGCGCCGAGCCCAAGAGCAUCUUCGAGUACGAGCCGGGGAAAUCGUCGGUGCUGAAGCUGGAGAGAACGACUCAGGAUGUAAAUCCAGAAGAUGUAAAUGUAGAGAAUGAGCCUUGGUAUAGAUUCUUUUCAGAGAUGGAGUUUGAAAAAGGGAGUGCCCCCUCUUUCAGCCCCCUGGAAACAGCCUCCGACCUGCAGCAGUACUCCUCGAGCAAGUCUGGACACAGCGAGGUGGAGAAGGACGGAGGAUCAUCCUCGAGUGAGCCUGGGGCUCCAGAAUGCGACCGCCAUGUUUACAAGAGUGUCCUGGAGGGCGGCGACAUCCCCUUACAAGGUCUACGGGCCCUAAACAAGCGCCAAGCGAGCUGCUCCUCCUCUAAAGUGGAUUAUAAAGGUGGGAAUGGCUAUAUUAUUUCACCCUGCUCCUCUGUAAAUAGUCGAUCGGUUCUUGCCAGUAAUGCAAUAGGUAACCAGUGUAAGAGUAUGAAGCCUCUUUCUGCUGCCAAAGCCUGCAUACCCCAAAUCCUGCCCUCUAAAUUCAAGCCCAAGCUGCUGCCGCCCAGUGGUGACAGUCAGGAGAGCAGGACUAAAGCUGUCCGCCACCCAAAGGCCCACAGCUGUGAGGAGCUGUACACGGGGCCCUGUGACACAGACUUUUCCGGAGCAGAGGAAAGGGAGAGCAGGCCUUAUGCAGACUCCAACUCAGACCGCUUCAGGAAUGUUUCCCCCUCAAUCAGGAGGAGCGCUUCGGAGUUCUCCAGCCUGUACAAGAGCAUGCACCACAUCCAGCGGCCCACCUCGGCCGGCUGCAGCCCCAGCAGCAGCGUCCGCAACCUGGCCUCUCUUUUCGAGAAGUCAAAAGCCGAGGGGGGGGAAAGGUCAGAGGCGGACAUUCCGCGGGAGGCAGUGUCGUCACGGGUCAGCAAGUUUGAAAUGAUCAUCCAGCGGUCCAGCUCCGCACCCAGCCGCUCCUCCUCACUGCCCACCCUGCACUCCGGCCACAGCCCCGACCACAGCCCCGCCCUCCUCUUCAUGGCCUCUGCAGUGUCAGCGGAGUCCCUUUUGGUAGCUGACGCCACCCAGAUGGACCGCUGCACCCCAGUGGAGGCAGAGGGCAAGAGAUAUGAGAAGGAUGCCUCUUCACCCGGCGGCACCUCCUCACAGGAAGGACAUGCCAGGAGUGAGUCGCCCUCUGAGGCAGAGGUGGAGCAGAUCCUCAGUAAAGCCCCAGAACUGAUCUACCACCAUGAAUCAAAGAGUCCCUCCUUGCAGCUUCUAGCCUCUCCGCAACACAACCACCUCCACCACCCUCACCAACACCAUCAGCUGCUCAAACCCAGCAAAUGCAAAGGCUCUUGCCCCGCCUCCUACACCCGCUUCACAACCAUCCUUAGGCACGAGCGGCAGCAAGCCACCAGCCACAAGGAGAGGCCGCCCUCUGUGGAGAAGAAGACCACGCUGCCCGGGAACCUCCUCCUCAUGGGCCCCACUCCCUUCCGGUUACGGAAAAACCUGCAGUCCCACCAAAGCCGCAGGACCCUGUUAGCCACCAAGGUGACAGCGAGCAACCAAAGGCCUAGCACUUUGUCCCCCGAGCCCAGGCCCCUGAUCCCCCAGCGCCUGUCCUCCCUGGAGGUCCUGGAGAGGCUGGGAAAUGGGGAGGGGAGCCCCAUGGACCGUCUGAGUAACGGGCAGGGCUUGGACGCCAACGGGAACCUCCUGCAGCUGCCGGCCGCUCACCGCAGAGACUCGUCCCCAGUUCUCGGGGAGAGCCAGGAUGAAGUAAUGCGGAGGCGCCAUGGAGACAAAGAGAAAAUCUUGGAGGAGCAGCGGCGGCUGAAGCGGGAACAGGAAGAGGCUGACACGGCGUCGAGACGACACACAGGCAUUGUCCCGACGCACCACCAGUUCAUCACCAACGAGCGCUUCGGAGAUCUGCUCAACAUCACAGAUAACACGGAGAAGAGGAAAUCAGGCGUAGAGAGAACUCCGGCUAUGGCUCGCUUCGACUUCAGAGCCGAAACCCUAAAGGAGUUACCUUUUCAGAAGGGAGACAUCAUCUUCAUCAUACGACAGGUGGAUCAGAACUGGUAUGAAGGGGAGCACCACGGAAGAGUUGGCAUUUUCCCCCAGAGUUAUGUAGAGCUCCUCCCCCCCACAGAGAAAGCCCAGCCAAAGAAAAGCGCCCAGGUGCAGGUUCUGGAAUACGGAGAGGCUCUCGCACGCUUCAACUUCAACGGGGACACGGUGGUGGAGAUGUCUUUCAGAAAGGGGGAGAGGAUCACGCUGAUUCGCAGGGUUGAUGAAAACUGGUAUGAAGGUAAAAUCUCAGGCACCAACCGCCAGGGCAUCUUCCCCGUCACAUACGUAGAGGUGAACAGACGACCCCGCGUCAAAAACGGCGUGGAGUACCUGGACCCCCCGGUCAGCCAGUCGCCACAGCGCAGCCUGAAUGCUUCCCCUCAGCUGUACCGUAACCGUCUGACCACCUCCCCCCUGCCCCUCCCUCGCUCCCCCCGCCGCUCCGUGUCCCCUGGGGUCCACGCUAUCUCCUCUGAGUGGAUCUCCCUGACGGUGGGAGGCGGGAGCCCCCCCGCCGCACCCACCCCUCCCCUGCCGCCACUGCCCACCGUGUCCUACCGCUGCGGCGAGUACCUGCCCCCGCCCUUCUCCGCCAGCCCCGUGCCCCUCAUCAGCGGCAGCCCAUACGGUAUCUCACCCAUGGCCUCCCCAUCCGCCUCCCCUCUACCCCCGCCUUACCCGCCCAGACCAAACUCAACCACUCCCUUCCUCACGUUCACCCCGCCUCAGGGGGAGGACUUCCUGCGCUUUCGCCCCAGCAUGAGCCCCUGCGGAGGGCCGGUGCUGGAGGGCUGGUUGAGGGGGGAGAAGGAGUUGACAGAUGGGGAAGGCGCAGAGGGGGACAGGCGAAAUAGCCCUGCAGAGUUUGUGAGGAAUGAGGCUGAACAUCAUGGACGCAGCUCCAGAAGCCCUGUGAUGCUGUUCGACAUCCAAGACAACAACAACGUUAACUCGUUUGCGGAGGCAGUGUGUAAUGAGAUCAUGAAUAUAGCUGAGACCUCGGUGAGGUAUUGCAGCAACCUGUCCCACCACCCUCAUGACUCUGUCCAUAGACUGCACCCCCACCCCAGUAAACAAUCUCUCAUCAUUUCCCAGCAACCCCUGUCCCACAGCAGUAGCCCGGAGCCGAACCGUCUCAGCUGUGGAAUUUUCCAGGCCCUGUACAGUUAUGUUCCUCAGAACGAAGACGAGCUGGAGCUGCAUGAGGGAGAUCUGGUCAGCGUCAUGGAGAAGUGCGAUGACGGUUGGUUUGUCGGUACUUCAAAGAGGACGAAACAGUUUGGGACUUUCCCUGGGAAUUACGUGAAGGAGGUGAAACUGUAAAGGUGUCUAACGCGGCUGUAACACAUGGUUGCCUGGGAAGCUUUAGAAGUCAUUACUAUCGCGCAUGGCUGUUGGUUAGCAUAGUCAUUUAGCCGGGCGAAUCCAUUUUGUCUGGGAAAGUGAUCGGUUCGGCCUGAGGUAUGUCAGACUACAGGGGGGGCGGAGACAGAGGCCGCUCUCUGCCCAGUCCUCAGCAUGGUGUACACCUUGAGCACAUUUUACACACUUCUUGACAGAAAUCGUCCGUCUCCACAUGUGGAAUUUCUCCGUGAAAAUCUACCACAAAGUAGCUUUUAUUGUACAGAAUAACAGCUUCCAUGUUGUCCAUGUAAUCUACAGUACGAGUGUUCACGUAGCACGUCAGUCCGGGGGCCGGCAGCAGAGCAGUGUAUGGAUUAAAGAGUGGAUCUUGUUUCUUGAACGCAACCUGGGAGGAUUCAGAAUGUUGUUUUAUGGGACGUGUGUUUGGAGCUGUUUGUCAUUAGCUACCUUUCAGGAACAGAGGUGUUUAUUAUGAUUAGCUAAGUACAAACCAAGCCUCUGCUUCCAGAAGAAAACCUACAGUGUUUGGAUCAAUAUAUGUAUGAAUUUUACAGGAAAUGUUACUUUAGAUCUGAGAAAAUUACUUAAAAUAAGUGUCCUCUUGAAGUUGAAAUACUCAGCCUUGUGUUUGAUGACAUUUUACUUUGUUACAUUUCAUGAAUCAUCAAGAAGUCAGUAUUUUCAGAACAUCACAACCAUUACAGCUCAGUGUAACCUUAAGCUAUAGAUACCUGUUCAGUAUUGCCUUUACUUUCUAUUCAAAGGGUGUAUAUUACGAUUAAUACUAAAAUGUUGAAGUGGGAUAUUAGCUUCUCUUUUCCCAAGUAACCACAGCGAACACAAAUACAGGACUGUGUUGCAUGUCGGAUGAAAGUGAAGAGAAACUGUCCAUAUGCACAUCCUAUAUGUUCAGAAUCUAUUUAUUUGACAUUUAAUAGAAGUGUUUGCUGAAUGCUGGAGUCUGUAAGGUAGCUGGUGGUGAACGCUUUGCUCCAGCGCAACCACAGACAGGCGUGGUAGCAUGUAAUUCCUGUUGGGUCAUUUAGGGAGAUUCCAAGUAACAACAUAAUAGUAGAUUAAUCACCCAAAAAACUAAGUCAUGUUUUAAGAAAAGCCAACAAGGUGUCUUAGAAAAUAAUCGUACUGAUUUUGUAAAAGCAUAUUGAGAUUUUAACCAUGCCCUUACUGACGAGAUGUAUGUUUUAGCCAUGUAAAUGUGUACAGAAACUUUAAGAGGCCUUCCAAAUAUGGCUACAUAUUUUCAUAUGUUCUGACUUGGAUACAGUUAGUGGAAUGAUUUCAGUAAUAAGGUCAGCAUGCACUGUAGAAAUCAAUCACAUUGGAGCAUGAAACACUAUCAGCCAUCGCCUGAAUGUUAGCCACCGUUAGCUUAAAGCAAACAGACGUGAUGACAGGGUGACUGUCUGCUCUCUGAGCUUUAAUAACUCCAUGUUAGAAGAUGGAUUUUCUAUCCUGCUAUCAGAGCAUCAGAGCUCCCACACCGCCGGCACCGUCAGAUUCCGUAACAGACGCCACAUGUCAGAAUAGAUCCUGUAGGCUACACGCACAGAUGGAAAGAUGAUAGCUAUUGUUCUCCUCUGCUCCUGUUUCAUCAAAUUCCUUGUUGUCGUCAACCGCUGCACUUUGCUCCUCAAUCUCUAGCGGAGCUGUCAAGUAGCACUUGCAAAUAACUUUUAGCACGUGUUACGACCUGCUUGGGCUGGCAGACAGAUGCAAUUUGUAGGGUGAUUGCUUAGUAGGUAUUUUCAAGGGACAGUUCACCCCAAAAAUAUAUAUCUUUCCUCCUCCCAGUAAUGCUUUUUGUUGUAUCAAUCUAGAUGGCUUUGGGGCUAGCGUUGGAGAUAUUAGCCUAAAGGAUGUCUGCCUUCUCUCCAAUAUGAUGUCCAAUAUGAUGGAGAGAUGGCACGCUUGUGGUAAAAGUGCCAAUAAACUCAAAAGCAGGGUAUCUUUCCAAAAAGCAAGACCCGGUUACUCAAGAUAAUCGAAUGACCUUGUUGUGAGCAGUUUCAUGUAGGAACUGUAUUGUUUAUAUGGUCCCUCUGUUAAUGGACGAUUUGCUAUCCUUAACUCAUACAAGCUGGCUAACUAUAGCAUAGCGAAGAUGAUGCCAGUAUCUUUGCUUCUCAGACUAGCUUCCUGCUUCCUUCUGUGCGGCAACACAGUUAUUGGGUGUAGUUUGGUAGAAAGAAAGUAGUUCCUUCAUGAAACUACUCAAAACAUGGACUGAAUGUUCUGCAAAGAGUGCUGUCUGGUUCCUUUAUGUAGUGAGAAGGCAGACAUCUUUACGGUUGAAAUCUGCAGCACUGGGUAUCUCACAAACUCUACAUUUGAAAUGAUGAAUAGCAUUACAGUUAAGAGGGAUAAUAUGUUGUUUUUAUUUCUGAGUGAACUGUCCCUUUAAAGACAGUUUUAGACUGAAGUCAGAUCAUUUCCCCAAUCCACACAUUUCUAAUCAAACGGUGCCAGACUAUCUGAAGGCCUUCCUUUUAAGUGUAAUGUGAAGUUUUGAAACAUAAAACAGCAGCUCUCACUAAAUCUAAAAGUGUAUGUUUACUUUAUCUUCAUUAAUUUCUUGAUGUUUUGGCUGCAGUUGUGCAGCAAUGAUAAACAUUGACCUGAUUGGAACAUGGUUUGAAACUGAAUGUGGAUACCAUAAGUGAUACAUGAAGUUUAAUAAUCGACAAAGUGCAUUAAUUUAACAAACAUUAGUAGCAAUCAGUGUUUGCUGUUGAGACAAAUGAAGGAGUUUCUUCCUGUCACCACUGACAAUUUUGCCAACAAUAACAAAGGAAUGUUUUCUCAAGAUAACACGCUGCAUUAUGGGUUUGCCUGUAUAGCACUGAUAUAAUAUUCAGGUAUUUUGUUACACCACAAAGCAUGUUUUUCCCUCCACUGCUGGCUAAACAUUUGUAUUCCUGUGUAACUCCGGCUCGGCUAAUGUGCUCAGUUGCUGGGAGUUUGUUGGGUUGACUCGUUAAAGAAACACACUAUCUGAUGGAUUAAUAUACAUUCACUCAUUUAGUCACAACACAACUCACUCUAGAUUGUCUCGUGCUCCAGAAAACAUCACAGGAUGUAUGAAUGUAUGAAUAUAUGACUGUGGCGCAAUGCAUACAUAUGUAAAAAUGCAGACUAUUAGGCAGCAUGGCACACAGAGGAUUGUAAAUAUGUAAAAUAAAAAAAAGGCUGCUGUCACUUGCAGCGGUUUAUUUACCUGAAGGAUUUUUUUGGCUGAAGCACAGAGUGGACGUUACCGAGCACAGGAAGUUUGACGCAUAUGAACAUUAUGCUGCCAUUUGUGACGAUCAUAUUGCCUUAUGUUAGAUGCAAAAUUGUGCCUCAUUUUCAUUCAUUUCUUUGGGGAGUAUCACUGAAAUGUAUCCAUGACAUAUUUAAUUCAACCAUGGUUUUCCCAUUAGUCCUAGUCUCUGUGAUGGGAGGACAUCUUGUCAGUUACUGUACCUAAAAGUGUGACACAAUGCUUUAAACGUAAUGAUUAAUAAUCAUAAGAACGGACUGGUUUGAGACGCACAACCUGCAACAGGUUUGGUUUGUUUGCUUCAUUUUUGCAGUGCUGUUACAUUGACAAUAUUAAAAUAAAGAUACUAUACACUGCUGUGACUUCGGUAUUAUGCAAUAUUUAAUAAACCGUUUAAACCA